GCUCCACGCUCCACUCCACUCUAACUAACACCGUCACAAGGAAAAUACUUACUGAUUACUGAUGAAAUUGUACAUUCAUAUCGAAUUUUGGCCGGCUAAAAUAAGUUUUUUUGUUAUUUUUGUGAUUAUUUGCAAUUAUUUGACUUGGAUUUUACGUAGUUGUCUGAUCUGUAAGCUGAAAUACGAACACAGUGUAGUAUUCCUCUCCAACGCUGAGGUGAAGUGAAGUGUUGUUGACACAUAAGACUAUAUUCAUGUGCACUUACCGAAGUAUUUUACUAACCUGCAGUCAUGAAUCCUACUAGUUUGUAUGUUUCUAUUUGCAAAUUAGUGAUGCAAGUUGAAGAGAAUGAUCCUUCCGUGUGGACUGAUUUAUGCACACUAAUUCCUUAUUUGCGACAAUCUCUGUCUUGUGCGGUGUGUGGUGAGCUUUUAAUCGAGCCUUGUACGCCAUCAGCAACGUCUUGUCAACAUCACGUUUGUAAACUUUGCAAAGGAGGCAAGAAACGGAUUAAACCUGCAUGUGUAUGGUGUAAAAAUGAUGAUGAUUACAUUGACAAUGUGCAUCUUCGUCUACUAUUGCAGUGCUACAAAAAGAUGUGUGAAUACAUCAUGUCAUGUUCCUUAACACUCACGCAUUUAUCUCGAACCGCAUCUCAAAUAGACAGCAGUAGUAAUGUUAAAAAAAGUAAUGCUUCUUCUAGCUUAUUAGAUAUCAUACGCGAAGGCUCAGGUUUUAAGGACAAUUUCAAGAGUACAAUAGGUCUAUCGAAGUCUGCAUACAGUAUUUUACCGUGUGUUUACACAAAUUCAUCAACCCAAACAUUGCAAUCUAAUCAGUCCUCUAAUGACUCUUCAGUUUUACGGACCGCUUUUAGGAAUAACACACAAUGGAAAGCAAAUACUAUCAAAACUCUCAACAGCUCUACUCCAAUUGCUCCCUCUUUAAAUUCGCCAAGAAUAUCUAGACCUAUCAUCAAGAAAAAAACAGUGAAGAAAGUCGUUCCUCCACAGGACCAUCCGGUUCAUUCUCAGCAUCACUCACCCAUGGUUUCCUACAGUCCAGCCCCUAAGAUAAAAGCAGCUGGCACUAAGCCUGUAAGGAGUGGCUGUCGGUGUGGAAAUGCAACUGCUUCACCUGGUAAGCUAACGUGCUGUGGUCAACGGUGUCCUUGCUACAUUGAAAGCAAAGCUUGUUUGGAAUGCAAAUGCAGAGGUUGUCGGAAUCCACACAUAUCUGAUGGUCAAAAGAAACUUCCUGAUCUGAAUAGUUAUCCUGUACACAUAGCUGAUCUGCAUUUAAAUGUAAACGAUCAAUCUUCUGUGAUCCCGAGCAACGCCACAGUUCAGGUGGUCGGUGUAUAUACAACACAACUUGAAACUCUGCCCGGGCGUUUUGUGAUAGACAAUGAUGGCUGCUUGACGGAUGGUGACGGUGUCAAUACAACAGAGAUAUAAUUACAAUUGGUGCUACUAUUGAAAAGAGAGAGGGACUUCGUUGAAGAGCUUUUACUUGAUAUUGAUUUUGAAAAAGGACGCUUGGACUUGACUGUUUAGAAUUAGAUGAAUAUCAAACAUUAAUGAAUAGAUAGACGACUUUAACCAGGGAUUAUUGAAGUCCAUGGACAGGGGGAAAAGGGAACGAUCUCAUUGGUAAUGGAAAUGGAUGGCUGCAGUGGACAAAAGAGGUAAAGAAUAGACUAACUAACGGUGCGGAAACUCACGAGAGACCUUACAGCUAAUUUCAAGGUCCCUCGUGGGGACUCUAACUCAUCAUUUUCCUUCUUAGUUCACGAGAACCACCCAUUUCAACUUAAACGAUCGCUCUAUUUUCCUGUUGUCUUCUUUGUCUAUCACUUUGUCCAUCAAUUUCACUAAUGAGCCUGCCUGUGGUCUUUAGCAGCCACAUAUCCACAGAGAAACUACCAAACCACUUAUCUUGGUUUGCACAUUGCAAAUUUUCCUUCUUUCUAAUUUGUCUAUCCAUUUCAAUGAUCAGCCUGCAUAAUUAGCCCAACUUAAUUAUUUGUUGCCUAAAUUUCUUCCUGUUUAUUUUUAUUUUUAUUUUUUUUUUUAGUGGAAAACGCAAAAUUCUGGUUUGAACAUUCGAUUACAUUCAACAUUUAGGAACUACCACUCCUCGGCCUGACUCGUUUUAGAAAAAACAUGCGUGCCAUUAGUUUUUCCAUUCAGAGAGGUUCUGUCAUGGUUGAGAAAGAAUUGAGGCCAUGGAACGAAGAACCACCAUGCGUAUAGCUGAAAACCUAGUUGAAUCGGUUUCUGUUAAACGGGCGUAAGUCCACAAAUCCAAAUUUUUCAGGAGAGGCAAAAAACUGAUUUUCUCGUUAUGCAGGACACCACUAAAUUUCAAAAAAGGGUUCAAAGGUUGUAUAAACACCCGUUUAAAAGUUCUGAAAUGUUUUUUUGGCUCAGAAAAAUUUUAGUACCCUUUUAGGCUAAUUUUAAGUUUUGGACUUACGCCCUUAUACCAGAAAACGAAGGAUGACUGAUACAGUUUCAAGCCAAAAAACUAAUAUUAAAGUAAGUUUGAAAAAUGUAGCACAUGGUUUUUUUCUUUUAUAUAGCAUAGGGAGUUAUUAUAUGUUUUUAAAUUUAUUUAAAGGCCUAAAUUUUCUAGAAUUACUCCUAUUUUUCCAAAAUUAAUGAAGGUGACAUGGGAUAUUUUCAUUUAAAAAAGUGUUGAAACCAAGUUUUCAAAUUUCAAUCAUGUAUUUUUGUGAUCAAUGCACAAUAAGAAGUUAUAUCACAUAACAGCUAGGUCAAGAUGCAAAUUCAAUACAAAUGUUCUUCAUUUAUUAUGAAAAAAGUUACAGAAACUUUAGAAAUGCGCGAGUUUGAGAACUCGCCCCCCCUAUUCCACAGGCUUCUAUACAUAGGUAGGACUUCCGCCAUCUUUUCAGAAAAUGUGUAUGUACCCUAAAGGAGGCUGAAAAUGCAAAAAAAACGAUUUUGAAAUUUUUGGACUUACGCCCGUAUAACAGAAACCGAUUCAGUUGUGAGAAAAUCGUAUUUGAAGUUUUGAUUAAUAGAUGCAUCGUUGAGUUUGCAGGGUGGGAAAACUGCAAAAGCAUUUUUUCAAAUUGCCUAUACCUUCUGAUCGAUCCGCUGUGCAUUUUUGGAAAAUAUUUCAGCUUUCACUUUAAAAUUGUUGAUUUAAAACAUGUUGUUUUAGGUGGUUAUUUUACCCACCACCAAGUCUCAACUGUUAAUUGUUUGAAAAAUACAAUCGAUGCUUUGCGACAGUCAUAGAUUGUCAUGUAAAAGAAAAUGACGGCCUUAUGUCGAGAUGAAACGCGUGAUUGCAUGAAUGGGCAGAAAAUCAUCAAUAUACGCAUCGGUACACGUUUAUAGGUGGUUAUUCUACCCGACUCUAAGUCUGAUGAUAAAAUGGCUGUUAAAUUGAUUUAAAACACAAAUUGAUGCUUUGUAACUGUCAAAUAACACACAGUGAUGCAAAUAGGCUGAAAAACACCGGCACUUGUAUAGGUGGUUAUUCCAUCCACCCGUCAGUCGGUCUGACUUCACUGCACUAAAAGCAGACUCUUCAGCGGAGUAAUCAAGGGAUCGACUUGCCAUCACUACCAGCGAUACCCAAGGACACAAUAAUUUGAAUGAACCGAUGAGGGGAAUGACCACCUAUAGGCGCAUAGGUGGUUAUUCAAGCCAUGGCCUCAAUUGAUAGUUCUGAAUUGCUAAAAGGAUUCCAUUUGAAGUAUUAUGUUGCCAGUAGAAAUGCUACAGUAUUACUGCGUAAUAGUAAUAUUUACUACUUGUACUUGUGGAGAUACUUACUUACACUUACGACUUUAAGAGAAAUUAAACAUGAGAGGAGAGUAGGCAACUCAAAACAUUCCGAAAUUGAUGUGUGGCUUGUAGCAGAAAUUUUUAUUUUGUUUUAAAUGAGUUGUUGAGAGUGCAGAAUACUGUGUAAAAGAUGAUAAUGCCAUCGUUUUUCCCUCAAUUCAAAUUCAGAGCUUAAGCAUUUUAGGUGGAGGCUGUAAUGAAGGAGUUGAUUGUUAUUAUUAUUAUUAUGUUUUUCUUAUAGAGAGCACCCCUCUACUCUGUCAGGCUCUCUUUAGGGUGUGUCAUUUUUCAGCAACAUUCAAAAGUCUUUGCUUGCUGAUGUUUUUUCCAAUCCGUUAGGUCCCUCUAAGACCUAUGUGAAGUUUGAAAGCCCUAUGCUGAUUUUAUGGUUCCUUGAAUCAAUUUUCCAGGGUGGCUCACGUGGAAGAAACACAGUUCGUGCAGUGGGAGUUAGAGUGCAGUUUUUUUUUCCAGCAAAAAGUACAGUUGAAAGGAUGAAGUUUUAUUUUUCACACUGAGAAUGUAUGAAGGGAAUAUUUGAGAACUAAAAAAUCACAUUCUAGUCUCACAAAGUAGGUCAUGGUGCCGCUGGAUUUAUAACCCAACGCCAUGGAAAAUGAUUGAGUGUUUGCAAUCUUUUCAUUAAACUUACUAGGAAGUCUUCAAAAAACAUGAAAGCAUAUAUGUCUUGAAAUAGUAAAAAAAUUAUGUUUAUAGGUUUCUUACCCUGCUUUGGAAAUGUCCUGUACACCUUGCCAAAACCACUCGAGUGAGGAAUAAAUGGUAUAUUUCAUUUUAUAUUCUAGUAAUCUCGGCAACGGUGUAAAAUGCUGAGUCUAUAGUUAUAUUAAGCUGAACUACUGAAUACUAUGCCUUCAUAACUUUGGAAGACCUGAGAUUUGAUGCGAAGAAUGCCAAAAUGCGAUCAUUUCGCAGGGUGUCAGCAAGCUGGUGGGACCGCCAACCUUUUAUCGUGAAAAAUAUUUUAUGGAAGAAAUGGCUAAUUAAAGAAUCCACGGCAGCAUGCAGGGACUCCAUUCUGAAAAGACUCUUUCGAAAUUCGAAGUCUUAUACAGUUUCAAUGUCUCUUCACAAUAUUGCCAACUACUUCUACCAAUUUGCAAGCUUGGUAAUGUCGGCAGCAUGACACUUCAUUUCAUAGUAGUUUACUUUAAUUUCAGUUCUUUCCAACAUCUUUACUAGUUUCUCUUUUGAUUGCUUCAUGUUCUAUUCCAGUGUAACUCACUGGAGAUAUGAUAAGGUAGUUCCAAUGUGUAUCUCAGCAUCUUUCAAUAUACCGUACAGCUACAGUAAUCAUAGCAUCAUAGAGUAUUUACAACUCAACAUAUUCUGUUAUGCAAAAUGCAACUCAGCAUCCUAACAUCACUAAAACAUCCUUUUUGAUAUAACAGUUUUUAUUUUGAAACAAUUCUGCAAAUGAUGGUGAUAAAUUAAAAGAAUAAUUAUUUUCCACAA